UAUGUUGAGAAAGAGGAAGUGAGACGGAGGCACUGAACGCCCCACACGGUGCUGAACGCCCCACAGCAGCAUGAGAAGGGGAAGUGUGAACAACAGCAAAGUUCACAUUUAACACUGAAAAACAAAGACGAGCAGGUUAUUCUCCCAGAGCAGGUCAGAUCCGAAGUGUCCCAGGAUGGCUCAAGGCUGCCUCAAGUGUUUGAAGUACACCAUGUGUUUCGCCAACUUCCUCAUUUUUAUGUCUGGCGUGGCGGUGCUGGGCAUCGGUGUGUACAUGACGGUGAAUUUCAAGAUGACCGCACUCACCCCGACCUUGGCCAGCUUCAACUUAGCCAACAUGCUGCUGGUAAGCGGCAUCAUCGUCACCUGCGUGUCCUUCCUGGGCUUCUUGGGUGCUCUGAAGGAGAACCGCUGUAUCCUUCUGACGUUCUUCCUGCUGCUGUUCAUCCUGAUGCUGGUGGAGCUGACUGCAGCAUGCCUGCUACUCAUGUAUGAGGGAGAGAUUGGUGAAAGGGUGAAAGAUGAUCUCACCAAGGGUUUGGAAAAGGCAAAAGGGUCAAACUCAACGAGUGAUUGGGAUAUUAUUCAGAAGACGAUGGAGUGCUGUGGAGUCAAUAAUGUGACAGACUGGGGAUCCGUCGUGCCUGCCUCUUGUACACCUGAUUACAGCUCACAGGGUUGUUUGGCAAAGUUGAAGAACUGGUUUGAGGAGAACUUCCUAACCAUUGGGAUAUCUGUCAUUGUCCUCUGCAUCAUCGAGGUCUUGGGAAUGUGUUUCGCCAUGACGCUCUUCUGCCACAUCAGCAGAUCUGGCCUGGGCUACAAGUUGUAGACAGUACUAUAUGUCAAACAAUGUCUUUUUAUCUACGUAUUUCACAGUUGAUUUGCUGUACAGUUUUCAGUUUUUAGAAGGCAAGAAUGGAAUGAAAAGGAUGUUUCUGGAAAAACAUUUAAGAUCAAAAGAUUGGUUGAAGUCUAAAUCGCACACACACAAAAAUGUUUCAGACAUGGCCUUCUAUAAUUGUGAGCGAAAACAAACUAUGUCGAAUGCUAUUUCAGUCCGAGCUGUGUGGCAUAAAAGCCGCUUGUUUCCGGGUUCCACUCAACUUUUCUACAUUGUACAUCUUUUGAAGGGAAUAAAUAUGAAAAUCUAUUUUCAUGUACAAUAUUACAUAUCUACAGUAUAUUUUUUUUCCCCACAAACUUAACUUUUGGGAAGUCCUGAUACACCAAUAAGUAUUGUUUACAGUAUUAAGAACUGUAUCCUCCAUUUUGACUAAGCUCAUGUUAAGAUGAUCAGCAUUUCCUGUUGCUAGCUUGCAGUGCUCUGAUCUGUGGUGAAGCCAAACCUGUAACCACUUCCUCUUUUGACCCUGUUCAACCAUCAGUUGGUUCCUCUAGAAACUGACAGCUGACACUUGUUUCUCUAAAUUUUAUAAAUUAAAAGGCAGGGAAAAAACCCUUCUAUAUAAAUGUUGAAGACUUCCAAUUUUAAAGGAACAAUUAUUUCCCAAAAAGCCCAAGAUGACGUCCUCAAAUGUCUUGUUUGAUAUUCAGUCUACUGUCCCAGAGGAGAGAAGAAACUAGAAUAUAUUCACAUUUAACAAGCUGGAAUCCUAAGAUGAUUUUUCUGCACCUGUAUCCAACAAAUCUAAAUUUGAAACCCCAAACAUAUAAAUGUAUUCAUGUUGUAUAUACUACAGGCAAAAAGGACUAUAGCUCUCAUCUGGAAGAACAUGGAGGCACCUACAAUCUGUGCUUGGACCGAAAAUAUGCCACAAUGUAUGUUCAUGGAGACAUUGACGUAUAUACUAAAAAAAUAAAUUGGAUGUGUAUGAAAA